AUGGCGCGGAGGGCAGAAGGCCGCACAAUCAACGUGAGCGUGAUUGGCCUGUCAGGCACCGAACGAGAGAAGGGUCAGUACGGAGUUGGCAAAUCAUGCCUGUGCAACCGAUUUCUCAAUCAGUUUGCUGACAACUACUAUCAGGAGCACAUCUCUGUUCUGAGCCAGAGUGACUUUGCUGGCCGGGUCAUCAACAAUGAUCAUUUCCUGUACUGGGGCUCUGUGAUCAAAACAGAUGACGGCAACAACUUCACAUUUCAUGUGGUUGAGCAGACAGAGUUCAUAGAUGAUGUCAGCUUCUCUCCCUUCAAGACAGCUCGGACGGAGACAUACAUCAAGAGAGCUGUCAGUGGCAAAGUUCAAAGUGCAGAGAAGCUCAUGUACAUCUGCAAGGACCAGUUAGGUAUGGAAACAGACAGUGCUUACCCACAGGUCUUAAUACCGGAAGGGAAGCUGACAAUUGACGGAUUCCUUUGCUGUUUUGAUGUCAGCAAGGUGCCCCAGAGAUCUAUAGAGAAGCAGGUGGAGUUUGUGGCUGCCUUGCUGAACAAUGCUCUGAAGACCAAGAAGCCGGUUGUGCUGGCAACAACCAAGGGCGAUGCUUCCUGCCUGGAGUACGUCAAGGAAGCAGAAAAGCUCAUCAAUCGCAAGGAGUUCAAAGGGAACGUGCCGCUCGUGGAAACGUCCGCCCAUGAAAACAUCAACAUUGAAGCUGCAUUCAUGCUGCUCGCUCAUCUCAUUGACAAAACCAAAGCCAAGACCAAGAUUGUGCCCUUCCAAGAUGCCAGGAGGAGUAGACACGAGCUUCUGGAAGUGGCCAAAGAGGCGUAUAUACUUCUGCUGCGUACAAAUGUCACCGAUCCUAAAGCAGCGUGGGGUACAUGGAAGAAGAAGUUGGAGCUUGAGUCUGACUUUAUACACUACGUGGAGAUGUUCGGCACAGAGCAGGCUCGUAAGGAGUUCCGAGCUCACACAAAGAGACUACGAGAUGAGCAGAUACGGACACGAGAACUACGUUAUAUGUCAUUGUUGCCAAAUUUGCUGAAAUUGUUUUUACCUACUUUAGAGUGCAUUACAGAAAGAGGCUGGAACACGAUACGUCGUCUGAUACGAGAACAUCCAGACUUUGACCGCCACUUUGUGAUCAUCAAUGAGGAAGGCUGCUCCUCCUGGAGGCAGUCGGAGAGCUUCUUGGACGACUUGGAUGAAUCCAGGAUUCCUUUUGAUUUGCUCAAUUCUGCUGAGGCUGAGAUGUGCUUCAGGAACCAUUUGAAUGAGUUGCAGGCACUCUACCGGAAACGAGAGCUGCAGCAAGAAUUCAAACGGAUCCUGGAAGAAAACCCACAGGUCACCCCCGGCAGACCGCUCUCGGAGACAUACGUCUUCUUCGUGGGCAAGGAAGCCACAGCUCGGGCCAACCUCCAGGAGUUGCUCUGGGAGAAGUCACACGUCUUCUUGUGCUGGAACAUGGCCGAGAGGCUGACCAACAAAGAUCUGCAGAGUAUCAUGGCCACACUGCAGGAUGACAGCAGAUACAAGGCCCUGCACCGUUUAGAAGAGGAUAGAAAAGUGAUGAUACUAAACCAUCUGGGCUUCAUGCAGUCUCCAUCUCGUGAACGCUGUAGCUUCGGAGAGUUCUGUAUAGACACCCAAGUGGAGAAUUUGUUGGCCUCCAGGGCUGUCAGGCCAGAACUCAAGAGUUCCUCAGAUUCCAUUGACUCUGGCUGCAAAACGCUCAACCUAGUGCUGCUAGGCAAGGAUGGUCUUGCCAUUGCUCUCAACAGAGAGAUCCGGAAUCUAUGUGCAGAAGAUGAAUAUACGAUAGACAACACAACAUACAGCUUGGAUUAUCGACCAAUAGAUGGAGAUGUUAGCAGAGAGCAGAAUGCAUUAGCCACAGCUAAUUUUAAGCCUCAUGGUUGUUUAUGCGUCUACAACUCGGAUGAAACUCUGGGCUACAUCCGAGACAGCCUGGAGAGGUCACUGACCUAUGACGUGGUGAAGGACGGGGAGUCGACCCUCAGUGGCAUGCCUAUUGCCAUCAUCCAGGCUUCAAACUCUAGUCAGACAGAGAGUGAGAACGAGCGGCUGCGGGAAAAGGGCCGCACUAUUGCUGCUAGAUUCCAUGGUGAGUUCAUUGUGGACUAUGAUGACGUGGAGGAAGGUACUCAGUUUGUGGAGGAGCAGAUCAUUGCAGCACUGCAGACAGUCAUCCGAGGCUGUAGUCCUGGGCUCAACAGUUGGUACCUGUCGGACCAGUUUGAGCCAGAUAUCAGAUUGUCUAUGUGUAUGAUGUGUGGGGACCCAUUUCCGCUGGAGCUGCCUCUGGGUCCAUUGUUGAACCAUGACAUGUGUCGUGUUCUGGCGGACACCCCGUACUGCAUAACCCUGGAUCUGUUUCUGGAAUCUUCCAAACAGAAGGUGGAAGUUGAAGUGGCCUCGUACCAUGGGGGGACUCGCCUCCACCAAGGCUUGUUUCACGGUCACAUUCUGGUUUAUUCUGCAAAGCGGAAAGCAUCUCUGGCCACACUUAGAACAUUUGCAGAGAAUCUUGUAGAAGUACCCAAGCUAAUUCUGGCUGUUAUAGACUCCGGAGGUGCCUCUUCCAGCUUCUUCUCCGGCGACAUUGCCCAGAGCCUUAUCCAAGAGGGUCACCAGCUGGCCCAGUCUUUGAAUGCUGGCUUUAUGACCACCACAGCCAACUUCAGUCAGCAGACUGCCGUGUUCCUGCCAUUUUUUAAAGAGGUGUGGCAGCAACGGGAGGAGUCCGAGGCCCUGUACCAUGAGCCCCUGGAAGAACCUGGCCCUACAACUUACGAUGAGAAGACCUUCUAUGGCACCAGGCCACCUGCUCCAUUGCCAAAGACCUACAGUUAUCAUACUCACAAGUCAAGCACGUCAAACAGCACGGACUCCGAACCUGUCUAUGACCAGCCCAACCUGUUCCACUCACACUACUCAGACAGUGACCACGACGCUGACCGUGGGUCAAGUGUUUCUCCACCUCCCACUGGGGAAGAGAUCUACAGUGAAGUCAUCAUCCCCAACGGGGAACAUCUGGUUAAGCCUAGCUACGUCAAAGCACGGAAAAACGUCUAUGCUGGAAGCAAAUGGGAACACCGAAAAUCCCUUCCCAUCAUGUCACUGGGUCACUCAAUCUCCUUGGAAGUCGGCAUUAACAGCAGCAGCCCUGCUUCCUGCAGCAGCUACCACACCAAAACCAUCAGUAGCAGCAGCAGCAACAACAGCGGUGGCACCAACAUUCUCACGAAGCCUGUGCUGGAACGGACCCAGCAGUCGGUGAAGGAUCCGCAGGAGUAUUUCAGGAAGUCCUGUAGUAUGAAAAUUGCUGCGGAGGAAGCGGUUGAGGCCGGCGAUGAAGCCGAGGAGGAAGAGGAGGUUGAGAAGAUUAAAGACAAUCUUCAGAGGCGGGCCAAAGGCUGGCCUGACUCGAACAAUUCCAAUGCCGUCGGUAAAGGGGAGAUGUUUGCCCAUGAAAGGCUGGGCACUUCAAGCAAGUCGGAGAUUCUGUGGUCAGAAAAUGAUUCCUUCCAGAAGGCGUUGUCUAAGAGGAAGCUGAUGAACAUGCGCUCACAGAGUGCCGCCAUGUUCAGAUCACAGCAGGAUCAAGUCACGGCUCCCCUGGCAAUCCCCGAACCCAUAGAAAUAGCUGAUUACAGUAGUGUCAAGGAUGCUGUCAGUAAUCUCGAGCUGGGGGAUAAUGACUAUCAGGUUGUGGAGGACGCCCUGCCCCCUGGUCAGUUGCACCGCAUCCGCUCCACCAAAUCACCAACAAGAGUCAAAGGGAGAACAGAUUCUGAUGAUUCAGAAUUCUCCUUAGAACGUGAGAAAUACCAGAAGGCUGUCAGGCGUCCAACGCCCCACCGGCGAAAAUCAAAACAGCGGCCACCAUCUGAAAGCAACGCCAUCUAUGCCAGUCCCAUGCCCUCUGGAGGCAAACCUCGGCAGUUUUCUCUCGGAGAUAAUCAAAACAGAGGAGUGCGCAGCAAUUCUCCGUCAGAAGAAGGCAGCGAUGGUACGGGGGAUGAAGUUCUUGCUAGCAAAAAGAAAGGAAAGAAGCGGAGAUCGUUCAACCACAGAAAGUGGAGGAACCCUUCAGCUUCAUUAACCCAUCAGGGCUCUAGUCCCACAAUAUCAGUCCACGGCCAUCAUCUAGGCUCAAAUCCAGUGCAUUCACUAGACGACAUGACCUUGUAUCAUCCUGUAGUCCACCAUUUUCAAACACUACCAAAGAAUGUCGGGACCAAUACUGGCAGUGGGGUCGCUGGCGGAGAUGAAGCAGAAUAUGAUCUGAAUGACAGCGGCAACUGGGGCGGCAGGUUUCGAUUCAAGACACUUCGGGACCCGGAGAAGCAGAAGAAGAAAGAUGAGAGGAGGAGACAAAAGGAAGAGGAGAAGAAAGCAAAAGGAGCACAGAAGAAAUUCAAGAAGAAGGACAAGGCAUCAGGCACCUCAACCAGUGCUUUCUCCCUGGAGGAUUUUCCCACCUGCCCUGAAGAUCCUUGCAUCCCCCAGUUUGUGUAUAAAUGUGUUAGCUACAUAGAGGCAGAGG